UCUCUCUCUCUCUCUCUCUCUCCUUUCUCCGCAUCCUCUUCCUUAAACUAUUUCCCUUCUCCUUCCGCUUUCUUCUCCUCCCUUGGUCGGACCGCCAUUGUCGCCGCCUCCGCCGCCACUUCACCCCAGUUUUCUCUUCCGGAUCGAGGGAGAGUCUUCCACCAUGAUGGAUGAAUCUUCAGUCGAGGCGUCUCCCUCCGCCGUUGAUUCUCCGCCCGUCUCCGACGGUGACGGCCGCGUCUACCUCGUCCCGUACAGGUGGUGGAAGGAGGCGCAGGACCCACAGCCGGGGAGUGGACUGAGGGGGGUUCCUUAUGCCGCGUGUCACACGCCAACUUCCUAUGGCAUGAAGAUCAUUAACAACUUAUUUGGCUCGGAUCUGGUUUUUAAUCUCCGGCGAGAUGGUGAUUUGAGGGAGGAUGAAGACGAUGGAAGUCGGGGGCGGUGCUAUGCUUUGAUUGGCGCAGAUUUGUGGGUGCAAGCGCUCAAUAGGCAAACUGACAGUGAUUUGACUGUGAAGAAAAAUGGGAGCUUUCUGUUCACUGAAGAUAGCACAACUGAUGUUUAUCCUUUGAUUCUAAGGAUCUCAGUUAUCCGGGAAACGAACAUUCUCAUAGUGAAGAUUAGCAAAAAGGAUAAUGCUGUUGAAAAUUACAAAAGGGCAAGCAAGAUUUUUGGCAUUGAUUCAGAACCUGUUCACAUAUGGGACUUCUCUGGACGAACAAAUUUGAUAUUAAUGGAAGAAUGGAACAGGGUUCCUCUAGAUUGUAAUCCGAAAUCAGAUCAAGAGGUACUUCUGGAAGUGCAAGUCUCUGCAUUAUUAGAAAACAUGAUCUGUAAAAGUGAAGCUAAGAAGGACAACCUACAACUAGAUCAGUCUAAAUUGACUGGUUCCUGUUAUGGUAACCCUCUAAUGUGCAAUGGCAGCUUAGGAUAUUCAGAUUCGGAUCUGCAGAAUGGGAGCUUCAAAGGUGGUGGUCUGUUUGGAUUGAGAGGAUUAGACAAUCUUGGAAAUACAUGCUUCAUGAACAGUUCGCUGCAAUGUUUGGCGCACACCCCGAAGCUUGUGGAAUACUUUCAUGGAAAUUUUCGUAAAGAAAUCAAUGCUCAAAAUCCAUUAGGCAUGAAGGGAGAGCUUGCUAUGGCAUUUGGAGAUCUCUUAAGGAACUUAUGUACAAUAGAUAGAUUGCCUGUUGUUCCACAUGUUUUUAAGGGGAAGCUUGCUCGAUUUGCCCCACAAUUUAGUGGCUUUAACCAACAUGAUUCACAGGAGCUUCUUGCUUUUCUGUUAGAUGGACUGCAUGAGGAUCUGAAUCGUGUCAAACACAAGCCAUAUGUUGAAGCUAAAGAUGCAUCUGGUCGUCCUGAUGACGAAGUUGCUGAUGAAUACUGGGGAAAUCAUUUAGCUCGAAAUGAUUCUAUCAUAGUUGAUAUUUGCCAAGGUCAAUAUAAGUCCACUUUAGUUUGUCCUGUAUGCAGUAAAGUGUCCAUAACAUUUGAUCCCUUCAUGUAUUUGUCUCUGCCACUGCCAUCAACAACAAUGAGGACGAUGGCUGUUACUGUUUUCAGUACUGAUGGUAGUAUCGAGCCAUCAACUUACACAAUUAAUGUGCCCAAGUCAGGGAAAUUGAAGGACCUUAUUCGGGCACUAGGUGUUGCUUCUUCAUUGAGAGAUGAUGAGAGUCUAUUGAUUGCUGAGGUUUAUGCUAAUUGCAUUAUCCGUUUUCUGGAUGAGCCAUCAGAUUCAAUAUCCCUGAUUAGAGAUGAAGAUCGCCUAGCAGCAUAUCGGCUACCAAAAGAUGCUGAAAAAUCUCCAUUGGUGGUUUUUGUACACCAAAGAUUGGAAGAGCAUUAUAUUCUUAGCAAAAGAACAAAUUGGAAAGGCUUUGGAGUUCCUCUUGUGACAACACUGCCAGAUGUUGUCGAUGGAUCUACCAUCUGCAAGAUGUUUCUGAAGCUUCUGAGUCCAUUUAGAAAGAGCAAGGAUGCUGGGUUCGAUGGUGAAGAAGAUAGAUGCACUAGCAUCUCCUUUGAAGCAAAUUUCAAUAUGGAAGCUGAAAGCGAAUGCCCUCAAGAAGUGGAAUAUGCCUCCAAUACUGAGGGUGAAUUUCAAUUUCAUUUAACAGAUGAAAAGAGUAAAGUCAUGCAAUCAAAAAUAGAAAUGGAUGAAGCAACACCUUUGCCUACAACAUCGAAGCAUUUAUUUGUGCUAGUCUGUUGGCAGACUAAAGUGUUGGAACAAUAUGAUACAAAUCUUCUGAACACGUUACCAGAGAUCUACAAGUUCCGACUUUUUCCAAAAAGAUCUCAAGAUUCCUGUACUUUGUAUGCAUGCCUAGAAGCAUUCCUCAAGGAGGAACCACUAGGCCCGGAAGAUAUGUGGUAUUGCCCAAGUUGUAAGAAACAUCAGCAGGCUACCAAAAAAUUAGAUCUCUGGAGGUUGCCUGAAGUUCUCGUCAUUCAUUUAAAAAGGUUCUCAUAUACCAGAUAUACAAAAAACAAGCUCGAGACAUUGGUAGAAUUCCCUAUUCGUGAUCUGGAUUUGACAAACUACAUUGCUGGCACGCCAAAGCAAAUAUCCAACAACUACCAACUGUACGCUGUGAGCAAUCACUACGGAAAUAUGGGAGGUGGUCACUAUACUGCUUUUGUCUAUCAUGGGGGAGAAAACCGUUGGUAUGAUUUUGAUGACCGCAAUGUCGUCCCCAUCGCCGAGGAGGGAAUAAAAACUUCAGCGGCUUAUGUUCUGUUUUACAGGAGGACUUAAUGCAAACUAGGUCAUGUAUAAUCACUUGAACCGAGCAAAUGCACAUUGUCCAGACCAAGUCGCCUUGCCCUUUUGGAGCUGCAAACAUUUAUUUACCGUCCCUUUCUGAUGUGGCUCUUGAUAUGCAAAGCAAAAGGGCUCAUGUGACAAACAGCAAAUCAUUGAUGACCCAAAUGGUCACUGGAAUCAGAUUGGUCAUCCAACGGGGAUGGGAAAGUAAUGCUUUUCUCCCAAUCAUAAGCUUCGACUUUUGAUCAUCCAAUGUGAAUGAUCUUUUUUUGUUUUUCAGUUAUAGCUUUUGAUUCCUUUUCUCGCCCACAAUUCAAAUUCUUUUAAGUCCAAGGGGGAGAUCUGUGGUUAUCAUACCAUGUAUUUUUGUUGUGUUGUAUUAAUUCUCCUUGAGUUUUGAUUAAUUCACUAUUGUUAUUUUGGCUUGAA